AUGGCCCACAUCCCACCGGCAGUCGUGAUGGUUAAGGGGCCCCACACUGAUGACCUCGACUAUGAAUCACAUCUCCAACAACAAUUAAAGUCUAUCUCGAAGAAUGUGACACAUUUACUCAUCAAUGAAGAUACCCCAUCGGACGCUGAAUGGGCUUUACUCGGGGCACAUUUCAAUAACGUGAAAGAUUUGGAAUUGGAAAGUGGGUUCAAUGAACAACUCAAUGACAAAAAAAUUCCCCUUCACUGGCCUCUGAGAAGGCUCGCAUUAAGCUCUGCAUGCGGGGAUCUUAUUCAAAGCCCCUUUAUUCGCCAGGGGAUGGUUCAGCACCUGAAGCUCAACUUUACGUGUAACCUUCGAUUCGAGGGCCCGACGUCCGAGGAGCUUCAUAAAGCACACCGAGAAGCCAUUGACAGAGGGGAGAAAGAGGUAGAAUAUCUUGGGAAAGAUAGUCAGAUUCGGGUCACCUAUCUCCCCCAGAUGGUUUGUGAACACAUGAGCAAGGUCUACUCCAAUCCUGAGCGAAAGAUGGAUCCCGAAAAUGAACCACCUGUUGGACCGAUCAGCCUCCAAUCCUUGGAGAUCUUCGAGAACGACGCACUAGAUACUCUCUGUCGAAUGUACGGAGCGCUUCCUCAUUUGGUCUACAAUCUUCAUAUUUUACGACUUCGAUCCACCGCUGGCCUUGACUUUGGUUUGGUUGGGGAGGAAACCUUUCGUCAGCUUCUGCCAGGGUUGGACAAUCUCAAGGUCUUGAAUCUGACAGUGGGUGAGAUCUUUGAUGACCCCCUGUACCUUCCAACGCUUUACAAUGCCCUACCUCCCAAUUUGACAACCCUGUGCUUGCGUGGGCCAGCCUCGCUCACUAAGUCGGAGCACUGGGCUGACUGGUUGCGGGCAUUCGAGUCCAGUAAUUUUCUUCCGCAUCUACAGCAUCUCGCCUUCGUCUUAGAUCUGCACUAUCCAGAGGUUAAGACUGGAUGGGGUCGGAAGGAAACAGAAGCGCCACUGGAUUUGCUUGAAUAUGCGCGUCGAGAGUGCCAGCCGCUCUAUGACAGUGCGCGCAAACGUGGGAUCCACAUUGAGGCCAUGCCAAAGGAAUCUGAGUCUCCAGCCUUGAGACCCGUGGAUCCUCGGUGGUGA